CGGAGGCCGGAACCUUUCUCCUCUCGCCGCGGCAGCCCCGGGCGGGCCGGAACCUUUCUUCUCGUGUCGCCGUUGGUGGGCGGAGGCGUGCGGAAACGGAACGGUCCUCCAGCUGCCCAGCUCGCGCCGCGGUCGCCGGCUGCUGACGUGGGCGGGCCUGGUGGGGGCCGUGGGUGUGGGUCGCCAUGGCGGUGGACAUCACACUGCUGUUCCGGGCCAGCGUCAAGACCGUCAAGACGCGCAACAAAGCGCUGGGAGUGGCGGUGGGCGGCGGGGUCGAGGGCAGCCGUGACGAGCUGUUCCGCCGGAGCCCCCGGCCUAAGGGCGACUUCUCCAGCCGGGCGCGCGAAGUGAUUUCACACAUUGGCAAACUGAGAGAUUUUCUUCUGGAACACAGGAAAGAUUAUAUUAAUGCUUACAGCCAUGUCAUGUCUGAAUAUGGGAGAAUGACGGACACAGAACGAGACCAGAUAGACCAGGAUGCUCAGACAUUCAUGAGGACCUGCUCGGAAGCGAUCCAGCAACUGAGAACACAAGCCCACAAGGAGAUACAUUCCCAGCAAGUGAAGGAGCACAGGAGUGCUGUCUUGGAUUUCAUUGAAGAUUACUUAAAAAGAGUAUGUAAACUUUACUCAGAACAAAGAGCCAUCCGAGUUAAGCGAGUGGUGGACAAGAAAAGAUUAUCUAAGCUGGAACCAGAACCAAAUACAAAGACAAGAGAAUCCAUGUCUUCUGAGAAAGUUUCACAGAAUCCUUCAAAAGACUCUGAAGAAAGACCCGUCGCUGAAGAAUUUCCAGGAAAGAUUCCAGCCGAAGCACAACCUGAAUUGGGAACCUGGGGAGAUGGGAAAGGUGAAGAUGAAUUAUCCCCAGAAGAAAUACAAAUGUUUGAACAAGAAAAUCAGCGCCUGAUUGGUGAAAUGAACAGCCUGUUUGACGAAGUGAGGCAAAUCGAAGGGAAAGUGGUUGAAAUUUCCAGACUCCAAGAAAUAUUCACAGAGAAGGUUUUACAACAAGAAGCUGAGAUUGACAGUAUUCACCAAUUAGUAGUAGGAGCAACUGAGAAUAUCAAGGAGGGCAAUGAAGACAUCAGAGAGGCCAUCAAGAACAACGCUGGCUUCCGCGUGUGGGUGCUCUUCUUCCUGGUGAUGUGCUCCUUCUCCCUGCUCUUCCUCGACUGGUACGACAGCUAGGCGGCCACACCCGGCAGACGGCGCGCUGGGCGCGCUGUCGUGGUCCCUGGCAUUGGGGCCAUCGGUGGGGAGGGGGCACUGAGAUAUGUACUCACAAAAGGGACACCCGACUCGUGGUUUUAAGCCCAUUGAGUAGCUGAAAAAGAAAACAACGCAACUAAAAGUGGUCUGCGUCGCAAUCCUGCGGCCAGAGGGAAGGAACCGGGAGGGUGAUUAUUCCUGCACCUGACGGGGCUGCCCCGGGGGAGCGGGGCACGCGGGCCUCCUGCUCCACCGACGUCUCAGGCUUAGAGGAGGCGCCGGCCUUUCCCUCCUGGUGGCAGCAGGAAGAGUGCUGGCCAGUAGCUCCUCACAGCAGAUGAUGGACUGUUUCCUGUGGCUUCUUGUCUGCCUCAGCCGACUGAUACACAGACUCAUCGUGCGAUAGAAAAGAUAUCACCUUCGCCCUGUGAGUCUAAUGAAUACAGCUACAGCCAUGUUAAUGUAUUGUUGGUGGGUCCAAGGUUAGAAAGUCAGUGCGUGUGUGCCCACCUGCCUCCUGUCUGGGAAGAAGUGUGGGGACGGGGCCUGGCUCCCCCCAGAACUGCUGCCCCCAACGCUCUCCUGAUGGCUGGGCAGGGGGUGGGGAAGGCCCGACUUGCGGCCACUGGGGCCCACGGAGCUUCGUCCAGAGAAGGACUUGGGCCUCUCCACCCACCCGAGCCCCAGGAAUCAGGAACACCUGCUUGUACUCAGGCACAAGGCAUCUGCGGCCACAUCUGUGCAGAAAGCGCCCGGUGCGCAUGGGCCCCCAGGGUGUGGGUUCGAGGGCUCUGCACAGACAGUCCGGGGAGCACCACAGGGAUCCUGUGUUCUUUAUUUGCACAGAGUGAAAAUGUCAGAAGUUACAUGUGAAUGAGCUUACAGUCAAUAAAAUACAUGUCUCCUAGAAAAUACAAAUAGGGUUGCCUUGACACUGCAUUGACAUGGGCUGGAAUUUGCUGAUAGAUGAUAUCUCUACAGAAGGAGUUCUGGCACGUAGUUAUUGCUCUUAUGCGUCGGCACAGCUUCACAACAUCCAUGACUCUACGCCCACCCACUGCUCCGAGGUCAUGGUCAUUGUUUCCAAACAAACACCCUUGAUAAUAAAAUAUACUGUAUGUUUUGGAAGCACAUUUCAGGAAACAGUAAUGGAGUUGGCCACGACCACCAUACUUGUUCGCAACAGAUCUUGCACUAGUUUGUCAUUUAUUUUUGAUCUAAAAA